GCACCUGCCCCCCGGAGACCGGGCUGUAAGAAAGGUCGUCGCUCGCCUCCGUCCUCACCAGCGAAGGACGGGCCUCCAUCGAGCGCCGCCGUCGCUUACAAGAAGAGAACAGCUCCUUCUCGCUCUUCUUUCGUUCUCUGCCUCUCCCGGUGAGAAUGAGAGGAAAAGGAGCGGCGCUUCUGGUCGCUCUUCUCGUCGUGGCUGCCGUCCUCGCCGCGAUCCCGUCCUGCUCCGCCGCCGCUACGACCACCCUGCCGAAGAAGCCGAAGCCGCCGGUUUCGCCACCGUCGGCCGAUACCAGCCGCCGGACGCCCUCCUCCGCCGUCUUCCCCGUCUACGGCGACGUCUAUCCCCAUGGGAUAUACUACGCGACGAUGAACAUCGGGAAUCCGCCGAAGCCCUAUUUUAUGGACGUCGACACCGGCAGCGACAUCACCUGGCUCCAAUGUGACGCUCCUUGCCAAAGAUGCUCCAAAGUGCCUCACCCACUAUAUCAGCCGCCGAAGAACAGACUGAUCCCCUGUGAAAACCCGCUCUGCUACGCGGUUCACGCCUCCACCCAUCAGAAGCACACGUGCGAGUCCCCGAACCAGUGCGACUACGAAGUACAGUACGCCGACCAUGGCUCCUCCAUGGGAGUCCUCGUUGCCGAUACCCUCGCCCUCAGCCUCGUCAACGGCUCUGCCGUUCGUGCUCCCAUCGCCUUCGGGUGUGGGUAUGACCAGCUGUUCAGGAAGCCGGAGGAGCCGAUGCUGACGGAUGGUGUGCUGGGGCUUGGCUUUGGGAAGGCCAGCAUCCUGUCCCAGCUGAGUAGCUGGGGGGUUAUCCGGAAUGUGGUAGGCCACUGCCUCAGUAGCAAAGGGGGAGGCUAUUUUUUCCUGGGGGAUGACCUAGUGCCUCCCUCUGGGUUGACCUGGUCGCCCAAACUUCGAAUUGGAGACAGCAACUAUUACUCGCCGGGGCCAGCAAGUCUCGUCUUGGGGUCCCAGUCUUUGGGGUCCAAGCUGCCAGUGGUAUUGGACAGCGGAAGCUCCUAUACCUACUUCGGAUUUCAACCGUACCAAGAUUUUCUCUCCGCGAUAAAAAGGGAUCUAUCGAGACAGCCACUGACAGAGACAUCUGAUGAUAAGUCGCUACCCUUGUGCUGGAAAGGACCGAAACCGUUCAAGUCUGUGCUUGAUGUUAUCAAGUAUUUUAAGCCAUUGAUUCUAAGCUUUGGAAAUGGGAGGAAAGCAAGGAUGGAAAUACCUCCAGAGAAUUAUCUGAUCGUUACAAAAAAAGGCAAUGCAUGCUUGGGCAUUCUCAACGGCACAGAAGUUGGUCUGCAUCAGGAACUCAACGUGAUUGGAGAUAUAUCUUUGCAGGACCUCGUGGUCAUUUAUGACAAUGAAAAGCAACAGAUUGGAUGGGGCCGUGCAAACUGUGACAGGCUUCCCAAGUCUUGAACUUCCCUUCUGUGAUGCUUUGCUUCCUUAUACAUGGCUGUGCACAAAAGAAGAGAUUUCUCACACUACAACUCUUUUCUUCUCUUUAUUCAAACAGUGCAGAUAGAAUUGAUGGCUUUGAGGACGGUUUCUGUCAGCCUCAAUUUGCCAGCAUGGGUAUCCUAACAGAAGAGUGUCCUGCUUACUACCAUUCAGAGACAGUUUGAGCUGGAUGGAAGGAAAAAGGAUCUGAAAAUGAAAUAAAGACAGGAGAUUGUGUUGUCUCAGUUUCAAUGUUUACAUACAUGCAUACAAACAUUCAAAAUUUAUAAUGAUACCUCUCAAAUAUUUGUUAGUACAAUCAAUACAUCAAAAUUGUCAAUCAGUUGAAA